AUGGAGGCGAAUGAUUACAUCAGUACGGCGAACGAUGGUGAUGUGUCACCUCCCACAAUCGAUGAAGUGAUCGAAGCCAUCAAGCAGCUCAAGAACAACAUGAUAGCUGGCAAGGAAAGCAAUCCAACGGAGCUUUUCCAAAUGGUCCCGGCUAGGAUGUCAAUAUGCCAACAGAACUCCGCUAUCAUACCUCCAUUAUUUCGGCUCGACAAAUACGAGCAGUAUCCUUCGGUAUACUGUAGUGUGGCAGUACAUUUGCAAUCAAAUGGCAGUGAACUAGAGAAAGCUGACUAUCUCUCUCGAAAGGAAUAUAAAUCCAAACGCGGACUCCUAGAGGACUUUCGACGUGAUUAUUUGGAAUGGGGUAUUUAUGUUCAGAACUGUGAAACUGAGCUGGCCAGCGUCAACGAAACACGCCGGCAGCAGUUGUACCAUCCAAAGUUUCCGAUCAACUAUCCGGAAUCGAAUAAAAUUUUGACUGGCUUCAGGCGUGAUCUUUUAGAAUGGGGUAUCUGCAUUGCCGAUUGCGAGACGGAGUUGGGCAAUAUCACCCAUGAAAUCUGGCAACAGUUGUAUCAACCAAAACUCAACAGUGAUUAUUCGCACAUGUUGACGAUAUGGAAGGAACAAUCGGUACCAUUUCGUGAGAAAUAUGACACAUUGAUUAACGUCUGUGUCAACAAUCGGUUACAACGUGAUUACAAUCUGACUCAGCAUGGCUCCUCGGAAAUCCUGUACUGUGUGAACAAUGAUCCAUCUGAGCAACAAUCUAGAGGAGACUGGUGGACGGAAGCAUUUAUGGCAGUAACGCUGAUUUUAAUCAGCACUGUUCUGAUAACUAGUGUAAUUGACCUUUUCGUUGCUGAUAGUAGUCUAAAGGAUCACCUGCUAGUAAGAUCCUUCGCUAUUAGACGAAAUUGGGCACGGCUUUUGGAACAACCGAAUAACGAAAUCUACCGAGAUUUUGGCUACAUCGAUGGACUACGAAUCUUCAUUAACAUUUUUACGUUGAUAGUUCACUGUUUGUCAGUGAGUGCCAUUCUUCCUCAAAGUAAUCCCGAACAAGGGGAGAAGAUACUUCAAAAUCCAACUACAUUACCCAUUCUGGCAUCAACUCAUGUCAGUGUUCAAAGUUUCUUCGUCAUAACGGGAAUGCUGCAGAUGGCAAACUUUAUGAAGGAUAUUCAGGCGAACAAGGUGCACGAUAGUAGCUAUUUUCGAUCAAAAAUCGUCAAUCGGUUCAUUCGAUUGCUUCCAGUCUACUAUUUUUUUCUACUGUUCACAAUUGCCUGUGAUAACCUUCCUGGGCUAAAUAUGAGAUUCGCGGGAUACCUAUCAAUGACUACCGAGCGGUACAUUUGUCGACGUCACGGCUGGAAAAAUCUGCUUUUUAUCAAUAACCUACCAGAUUUAGAAAACGAAUCUUGUUUCCUCCAUGGAUGGUAUCUGGCUGCUGAUCAGCAGUUAUUUCUUUUUUCGUUAGUUUUAUUAGCCCUAAUUUGGAAGUUCCCAAAAAGUACCAACGUCAUCCUUUGGAUGACGGCUACGACUUCGAUAAUAGUUCCGGCGAUCAUCGCGUACUGUUUGGGAGUAAACUCAUUACCUCCUUUUAAACUCGCAGAAAUCCGGCUAUUGUUUUAUUAUCAGCCCUGGUUCAAUCACAUCUAUCAAACAGCCUACAACAACUUGAAUGCAACAGCAGCUGGACUGAUUGUUGGGUAUUUGUAUCAUCAAUCUAAAAUAGGAAAACUCAAUCCAAGAAGGCUAAAGCUGUCCACGUCCGUUAUUGUCCUGGCAGUACUGGGAACAAUCCCGCUGUUUUACGAAAACGUAUUACCGCGUCCUUCGGUGUUCAACACGCUUCACUUUAUCUUGUUUCGUAGCUACGGAGUUUUGGGCAUCAGUGUUUACUUUUUACAUUGCUUCCUAACUCCUCCAGGUGUGUUUCGGCGCAUUUUGAGCUCCCGUUUGUUAACCAGCCUUGGAAAGCUGUCCUAUUGCGUCUACGUGCUUCAUGUUCCUUUGCUGAGGGUAAUGAUGAACUACAUUCGAAUACCGGUUGAGAUUUCGCAUUCGAGCAUAGCUAUAUUAUCCGUAGCGUUAGUUAUUGCAUCCUAUAUGCUAGGACUUGUGACUUAUCUUGUGAUAGAACAGCCCUCUAGUGUUCUGCUAAAACAUUGGUACUCCGACAGCAGAAAGGUUAAGACAUCUUAG